AUACAUCAAGAAAUGAAUUGUGAAUUGAAAGUUCAUAUCAAAUUACAAAUUGGAAGCCCCAAUCGCCAUGGAUGCGACCUUCAAGCAAAACCCACUUCCAUCUCCCGUCAUAGACACUGUCAACGAAAUCACUAGAAUUUUCCGAUCACUUCCGGCCAGACCCUCCAUAGAAGAGGUCGAAGCAGCCGUGGCGAUUCUCAAUACUGUUCAGAACGACGAGGAUUUCAAAUUGGGGGAAAUUUCAAAGCAGGAAGUCCCUCAAAAUGUCCCUGAAGAGCUCUUCUCCAUUUUGCAGCAGAUGAGGAAGAUGAUGGUGUUGUUCGAGAGCCAUGAACAGCGGCGAGAGGCCGUUCGUUUGAUUGAGAUCGAUAAGAUGCUGAAAACCUUCGAUGAACUUAUUCUGAGAGCUUCUGAUUUGGUUUCUGGCGAUUCUCAGGGCCAGAGGGCUCUGAAUUUGAGUGAUCCAGUUGAGAAAAUUGCAAAGGAGACAGUAAUCAGUGAUCAAAAUUUGGAGAAGAAUAGGGGAGAUGAAGAAUUUGAAAGCAAUGGAAAUAAGGAUUUGGUUAAGAAUUCUUCAUUCAUUCCUCCAUUAUCUUCUUCAGGUGAAGGAGAAACUGAAAAACUGAGUUUAAUGAAAGUUGCUGAUCUUAUUGAAAACAUUGCUAAAAGUGGGUUAACUGUUCUGAAUCUGAAGGGAAAGUUGAUGGAUAAUAUGGAAUUUCUUCCAAUUUCCAUUGGGAAGUUAUCUGUUCUUGUUGAAUUAGACCUAUCAGAAAACAAAAUCAUGGCACUUCCACCAGAACUAAGUAGCCUUAGAUUGUUAACAAAGUUUGUCAUUCACUCCAACCAAUUAAUAAACCUUCCUGGCACGUUCGGGGAGCUUGUAAACCUCACCGUCGUCGACCUGCACGCAAACCGGCUAAAAUCACUGCCAGCUUCUUUUGGGAACCUGAAAAACCUUAUUUCUCUCGACUUGAGUUCGAACCUUUUCACCCAUUUACCAGAAAUCGUUGGAUCAUUGACUAGUUUAAAGAUGUUAAACGUAGAAACCAAUGAGCUCGAGGACUUACCUUACACAAUUGGAUCAUGUUCGUCACUUGUCGAGCUACGACUUGACUUUAACGAGAUAAAAUCUCUUCCCGAGGCAAUCGGAAAGCUCGAAUCGUUAGAGAUUCUCACCCUGCAUUACAAUAGAAUCAGAGGACUUCCCACAACAAUAGGAAAUCUCCCCAAGUUAAGGGAACUAGACAUUAGCUUCAACGAACUGAAAACGAUCCCUGAAAAUCUGUGUUUCGCUGUUAGCCUCCAAAAGCUGAACGUCGGCAAGAACUUUGCCGACCUGACAGCGUUACCGAGAUCGAUCGGGAACCUGGAGAUGCUCGAGGAGCUUGACAUAAGUGCAGACCAGAUACGAUUCCUGCCGGAGUCUUUCAGGUUCUUAUCGAAAUUGAGAGUUCUCCAAGCGGAUGAAACGCCAUUAGAAGAACCACCAAGAGAAGUUAUUGAAUUGGGUGCUCAGGCUGUUGUGAAGUUCAUGGCUGAUGCAGUGGAAAAAGGGGACUUAAAAUCUGAGGCAACAGAGGAGAAGGGGUUUUGGUUAUGGUUUUGUUCAUUAUGUUGCUCCAAAACAAGUGAUGCGCCUAAUCACAGGUUAUCUACUGAAUUACAGCUUUGAUUUGUUGAUUUUUCAUUGAAAAUAAGGCUAAAGGAACCUUGUUUUUGUGUGUAUAGUGGAUGAAUGAUAGUUUCUAAGUGUUGUUGUUAUGGUUUUACUGAAGAAAGAUUAGAGUUUGGUAAGCAGGGCCAAAACGGA